AUGGCCAGUCCUGGAAACAGAGGAAGGAUCUACCACCCCUUGAGUCUCACCUGCUCCCUGCUCAUUGUGGGAAUGUGCUGUGUGUCUCCUUUCUUUUGUCAUAGCCAGACAGAUCUGCUGGCUCUUAACCAAGCUGAUCCUCAGUGCUGGGAAUCUUCUUCAGUGCUCCUCCUGGAAAUGUGGAAGCCUCGAAUCUCUAACACUGUUUCAGGUUUCUGGGAUUUUAUGAUCUACCUGAAGUCAUCUGAAAACUUGCAGCAUGGGGCAUUGUUUUGGGAUCUGGCCCAACUCUUCUGGGACAUCUAUGUGGACUGUGUUCUCUCCAGAAACCAUGGCUUAGGAAGAAGACAAUUGACUGGAGAGGAAGUGAAGAUCUCAGCAGUGCAUCCACAGCACACAGGGAGAAAAAAAGGUGCCUAUUCUCAGCAACCAAGAACCCCUUCCCUAAAGAAGAAAGAGUUGAUUGAAGACUUGAUAAGCAUGCAUGUGCAUAGGAGCAGAUCAAAGUUCAUUGGAAAAGUGACCAGUGGCCUGGAAAUAAAGAGAAAAUAAAUCUAC